AUGGAUGAUGGGAAUGAAAAUAAUGAAAACGCUCAACAUGACGAAUAUGAUGAAGAAGAAAUUGAAAUACCAAUCGAUGAAAUCAUAAUUGAAGAGGUUGACGAUGAUCACUUAUUAGAAGGUGAAGGAGAGUUUCAAAUUAUAACUCAACCAUCAAAUAAUAAUAAUAAUAGUAAUAAUAAUAAUUUCGGGGAUAUUUACGUUUCAAAUCCAAAUACACCACGUAAUAAUAAUAAUAAUAAUAAUAAUAAUAAUAAUAAUAAUAAUAAUAAUAAUAAUAAUAAUAAUAAUAAUAGUAAUAAUAGUUUUAACAAUAAUAAAAAAAAUGAAGUUUCAAUAGGAAUAAGUGAAAAUACAAAUGAAAAUAAUAAUAAAAAUAAUAAUAAUAAUAAUAACAAUAAUGAUGAUUAUAAUGAUGGUGCAGAUGAAAGAGUUAAAACUGAAGAAGAAAUUAAAAAAGAAGCUGAAAAUGAAUUAAAUCAAUCAGUACCAUUUUUAUCAUUAUUUAGAUUUGCCGAUAAUACAGACAAGGUUUUAAUGUUUCUCGGUACAAUUGCUGCAGUAAUAAAUGGUGCAGCAAUGCCAACAGUCUCUUUGGUAUUUGGUUUAGUAGUUGAUGCAUUUAAACCAACUCAAUUUAAUGAUGACCCAAAUUAUGAUAUUUAUGAUACUGUAAGAAGUAUAAGUUUUUAUCUUUUAAUGUUGGGUGGUGGUGUUUUUGUUUUAUCAUAUUUAGAAACGACAUUAUGGAUGAUUGCUGGUGAAAGACAAACAAGUAGAAUUAGAAGGGAGUAUUUAGAGUCAACAUUAAGACAAGAAAUUGGUUGGUUUGAUACAAAUAAAGCAAAUGAAUUAUCAUCAAGAAUUAAUUCUGAUACAGUUUUAUUUGAAGAAGCAAUUGGUGAAAAAGUUGGUAGAUUUAUUCAUUUUUUUUCCACAUUUGUUGCUGGUUUUGUAAUUGGAUUUACUAAAGGUUGGCAAUUAACAUUGGUAAUUACAUCAGUAUCACCAUUAUUAGCAAUUGGUGGAUUUUUUACUGCAAAAAUGAUGACACAAAUGACAAAACUUGGACAAGAAGCAUAUUCAAGAGCUGGUGGUGUUGCAGAGGAGAAUAUUGGGUCCAUUAGAACGGUUGCAACAUUUUCAGGUGAAAAAUUAGCAAUUGAUAAGUAUUCAAAUAAUUUAAAGGAUGCAAGAACCGUUGGAUAUAAGAGAUCAUUUUUCAAUGGAUUGGGUUUGGGUUUCGUUCAAUUUGUAAUAUUGGGUACUUAUGCAUUGGCAUUUUGGUAUGGUUCAACUUUGAUUUCAAAUAAAGUUACCAAUUCAGUAUCUGAUAGACCAUGGACUGGUGGUGAUGUUGUAUCGGUAUUUUUUGCAGUUAUUAUUGGUGCAACAUCCAUUGGUCAGGCAUCACCAUGUUUGGCACUAUUUGCACAGGGUAGAGGUGCAGCUUAUAAAAUUUUCCAAGUUAUUGAUCGUCAAUCAAAAGCAAACCCAUUCUCAACUCGUGGUAUUAAACCAGAGACUUUAAGUGGUGAGAUUGAAUUUAAAGAUGUUGGAUUCCAUUAUCCAUCAAGACCUGAUGUACCAAUUUUCAAUGGAUUUAAUCUAAAAAUUAAACCAGGUCAAACUGUUGGUUUAGUUGGUGAUAGUGGUGGUGGUAAAUCAACUAUAAUAUCAUUGUUGGAACGUUUCUAUGAUCCAUGUCAAGGGGAGAUCUUAUUGGAUGGAGAAGAUAUUAGAAAAUUCAAUGUCAGAGGGUUACGUCAAAAAAUUGGUUUAGUCAAUCAAGAGCCUGUAUUAUUCGCCACAACCAUUAGUGAAAAUAUUCGUUAUGGUAAAGAAGGUGCCACUCAAGAUGAAAUUGAAGAAGCAGCUAAAUUAGCAAAUGCCCAUAGUUUUAUAUCACAAUUACCACAGGGUUAUAAUACUUUGGUAGGUGAGAAAGGUGUCCAAAUGUCUGGUGGUCAAAGACAACGUAUAGCAAUUGCUCGUGCCGUUAUUAAAAAUCCAAAUAUAUUACUCUUGGAUGAAUCAACAUCUGCAUUGGAUGCAGAGUCUACAAAAUUAGUACAAGAGGCAUUAGAUGUUUUAAUGAAAGGUCGUACUACAAUUGUAAUUGCACAUAAUUUAUCAACCAUUAGAAAUGCUGAUGUUAUUAUUUACAUUAAAAAAGGUGUUGCCGUUGAAAGGGGUACUCAUGAUGAAUUGAUGGCUAAACAAGGUUUGUACUUUGAUUUAGUUGAAAAACAAUCUCAUCAACAAAUGUAUAAUCUACUUGAAAAUGGUACAAGAUCAAGAAGAUCAAGUACAUUCUCAGCAGAGGUCAAUCCAUUAUUGGAUAGUUUCCAUGUUUCAAAGAGAUCUCUAAGAAAGAAUGAAUCAGAGUCAAAUAAAAAAGAUAAAGAAGAUUCAAAUAAUAAAAAGAAAAAGAAAUCAAAUAAGAAAAAAGUUGAAGAAGUACCAAUGUCACGUGUUGUUAAAUAUAAUAGACCAGAGUUGGGAUUAUGGUGUUUUGGUUUCUUGUCAGCUGUUGGAACCGGUGCAGUUUAUCCAGGAUUUGCAAUGGUUUUCACAGAGAUGUUAACAAUCUUUCAAAAUCCUGAUCCAAAUUAUCUAACGGAUCAUGCAAAUUUCGUGGCAUUAAUGUUUGUGGCAUUAGCAGUUGGUGCAGGUAUUAGUAACUUUUUCCAAGGUUUCCUUUUCUCUGUUAUUGGUGAAAAAUUAACUUAUCGUCUAAGACGUGAUUGUUUCGCUGCAAUUAUGAGACAAGAUGUCGGUUGGUUCGAUUUACCAGAAAAUUCAACAGGUAAAUUAACAUCACAUCUUGCCACUGAUGCAGCAUUGGUCCAAGGUAUGACUAGUCAAAGAUUGGGUAUUGUUUUACAAAAUAUUCUAACAAUGGUUGGUGGAUUGGUUAUUGCAUUCUAUUCGGGUUGGCAAUUAACUUUGGUAAUUAUUGCAUGUUUCCCAUUGGUUGUUAUCACUUCAAAGGUACAAAUGCAAAUUUUAGCAGGCUUUUCAUCAAAAGAUGGUUGUGGUCCAGCUGGUCAAGUUGCAUCCGAAGCAAUAUCGGGUAUUAGAACAGUUGCAUCAUUCACAACCGAGAAACAAGUCGUAGAACUCUAUAAGAAACAACAAAAAGGUCCAUCAUCUGAAGGUAUUAAAAAAGCACAUAUUAGUGGUUUUGCAUUUGGUUUCACUCAAUUAAUAUUGUUUUGUGUUUAUUGUUUAUCAUUUUGGUAUGGUGGUAAAUUGGUUGGAUCUGGUGUUUUUGGUGCAACCGAUAAAGAGAUCUCUGAUAAUUGUACACCACAAACUAUACCUUACCUUUGGAAAGAUUAUGAUACUUGUGAACGUGCACAAAAUACAAUCUAUGGUUUCAAUUCAAUGACUAGAGUUUUCUUUGCAAUUGUUAUGUCUGCAAUUGGUGUUGGUCAAGCGUCAUCAUUUGCUCCAGAUUUAGCAAAAGCCAAAGCAGCAGCUGUAUCAGUUUUUAAAUUAUUAGAUACUCCAUCAAAGAUUGACCCAACCACUGAAGAUGGUGAUAGAAUUGAUAUUGUCGGUGGUGAUAUUGAAUUCAAGAAUUUACAUUUCUCUUAUCCAACCAGACCUGAUAAUAGCGUUUUUAGAGGCUUCACUUUAACUUUACAAUCUGGUACUACCACUGCAUUGGUUGGUGAUAGUGGUGGUGGUAAAUCAACAUGUCUAUCAUUAUUACAAAGAUUCUAUAAUCCAGUCGUGGGUGAAAUCUUCAUCGAUGGUCAUAAUAUAAAGAAUCUAAAUGUUCGUCAUCUUAGACAUCUCUUUGGUUUAGUUGGUCAAGAACCAACUCUAUUCAGUGGUACAAUUGCCGACAAUAUUCGUUAUGGUAAGCAUGAUGCAACUCAAGAGGAGAUUGAAGAGGCUUCAAAAUUAUCAAAUUCUCAUUCAUUCAUCAUUGAUUUACCAAAUGGUUAUAACACAGAGUUGGGUGAGAAAUACACUCAAUUAUCAGGUGGUCAAAAACAACGUAUAGCAAUUGCUCGUGCAAUCAUUCGUAAUCCAAAGAUUUUAUUAUUGGAUGAGUCAACCUCUGCAUUGGAUGCUGAUUCAACAAAAUUAGUUCAAGAAGCACUAGAAAAUGUUAUGAAAGGUCGUACUACUAUAGUCAUCGCUCAUAAUUUACUAACAAUUCAAAAUGCAGAUUGCAUUGCCUAUGUUCGUGCUGGUCAAAUCAUUGAAAGAGGUACUCAUGAUGAGUUAUUAGAAGCUGAAGGUCCUUAUUCUCAAUUAUGGUAUAAUCAACAACAAAAAUAA